AUGUCGCUCGGUCGUACUUGCACUCUUCAUACUGGAGCCAAGAUCCCCACUGUCGGACUCGGUACCUGGUUAUCCAAGCCUGAUGAAGUUCGUAAGGCUGUUCUUUGUGCCUUGCAAGCUGGUUAUCGUCAUCUCGACUGUGCCUACGUGUAUCGCAACGAGGAUGAGGUUGGCCAAGGCAUUCAAGAAUCCGGUGUCCCUCGUGAGGAGAUUUUCAUUACUGGCAAGUUGUGGAACACCCAUCAUCGCCCUGAAUAUGUCAAGGCUGCUUGCAAAGCUUCCCUUGCUGCACUUGGCGUCUCCUACUUGGACUCGUACUUGAUCCAUUGGCCCGUGUGCUUUGCUCCUGAAGGCAAGCCUGAGGACACCCCUAACGUCCCCACUCAAGAAUACCUCUUCCCCAAAAAGGAUGGCAAGGUAGCCAUUGAAGAAGUCGACUUUGCCGCCACUUGGAAGGCUAUGGAGGAGCUUGUCGAUGAAGGUCUCGUCAAGCACAUUGGUGUCUCCAACUUUGAUAUCCCCAGAAUUGAAUACAUCCUCAAGAAUUGUCGUAUUCGUCCUGCUGUCAAUCAAGUGGAAUUGCAUCCUGGUCUUCUUCAACCUGAGCUUCUCGAAUUCUGUGCCAAGGAGAACAUUCAUAUCACCGCCUACUCGCCUUUGGGCAACAACGUCUAUGGCAAGGAACGCAUCAUUGAUGAUCCAGUGAUCGUUAAUGUCGCCAAGAAGCUUAACAAGUCACCUGCACAAGUAUGCAUUGCUUUUGCUGCUCAACGCGGUGUAUCUGUGGUUCCCAAGAGUGUCACUCCCUCUCGUAUUGUUGAUAACUUCCAAGACUUUGUGUUGGAAAAGGAAGACUUUGAUGAAGUCGCUAAGCUUGGUGCUCGCAACAUCCGUUACAACGACCCUGGCACUGAGGAAUGGAACGUCAAGAUCUUUUAA